AUGAAAUUCCCCUCACUCCCGCUCAAGGACGGCAACUCUAUUCCAUUGAUAGGAUUUGGCACAGGUACUGCGUGGUACAAAGAGGGCCCCGAAGAACCUUUAAACCGAGAUCUUGUCGAUAUUUUGAAGGCAGCUAUUGAGCGUGGUUUCCGUCAUAUCGACGCUUCUGACGCUUACGGCACGGAAGAAGAGGUCGGUAUCGCUAUCAAAAAAUGCGGCAUACUGCGUAAGGAAAUUUUCGGUCUCUACGACAUACCCAUAUCGAUUCAAAGUAGUUUAACUAAGCUCCAGUUGGAUUAUGUGGACUUAUAUCUGCUCCAUUCACCCUAUCUCGCUAGAAAGUCAUCCGAUCUUCAACCGAUCUGGCUGUCGAUGGAGCAGGUAAAAGCCUCUGGAAAGGCCAAAUCCAUUGGAGUAUCAAAUCACCAGUGUUCGCACAUUGAAGUAUUACUGAACGUCGCCAUCAUCAUCCCUGUUCUCAAUCAAUUAGAAUUCCAUCCUUACCUGCAGCGCGCAUACGAUUAUCUCCCCUGGAUGCGGGCGCAUGGGAUCGAGGUGGCUAGUUUCAACGGGUUAACACCAAUCACCAAAGCACGGUCCGGGCCUCUCGACAACAUACUUGUAGAGAUUUCAGCCCGACACCAGAUUCCCAAAAAUGCUGUACUGAUUAGCUGGCAGAUUGCUCAGAAUGUUGUAGUGACGACAACGACGACGAAGGUUGGUCGACUGGAGGAUUGUGCUGCAGCUGUGCAGCUGAAAUUAUCGAGAGAGGAGCAGGAGAAAAUCACAUAG